AAAAUUUCGAAACGUACGUAAGUCUUUUCAAUAUCCGUUUCUUUCAUUUCUUCAUGAUAUUGUAAUUAUCAUCAUUCCCUCGUUUUAGAAGAAAUUUUAAAUCAAACAAUAAAUCGAAAGUGAAGUUAGCACAAUAUGGAUGCCGGAGGUCAAUAAAUCAGUACUCAGUAACAAAAUAUUCUUACAAAAUGGGAAAUCAACUAGUGGGCAUUGCCCCCAGCCAAAUAUUUCCAGUAGAACAUUAUUUAACAGAUCACAAUGAUUUAUUAUUCGAUAUUAAUUUAGGAAGCACUAGAUUUUUUAAAGUAGCAAGAGCAAGAAGCGAUGAAGGUUUGAUAGUAAUCAAAGUAUUUGCAAUACAUGAUCCAACAUUACCAUUAUCAGCAUAUAAGGAAAAACUAGAAGAGAUUAGAUAUAAGCUUGCUUCUGCAGUCAAUUGUUUACCCUUUCAAAAAACUAUUUUAACAGAAAAAGCUGGCUCGAUAAUGAGAGAAUAUGUUAAAUAUUCCUUGUACGAUAGAAUUAGUACUAGACCAUUUUUAACUUACAUUGAAAAAGAAUGGAUUACUUUUCAAGUUCUCUACGCACUUCACCAAGCACACAAGUUUGGAGUUUGCCAUGGUGAUAUCAAAUUAGAAAAUAUAAUGAUAACCAGCUGGAACUGGGUUCUGCUAACAGAUUUUGCUAGUUUUAAACCGACUUAUCUACCAGAGGAUAAUCCUGCUGAUUUUUCAUAUUUUUUUGACACAUCAAGAAGAAGAACAUGUUACAUAGCACCAGAAAGAUUUGUUAAAACAUUAUCCUCUGAAUUGAGCAAUAAUAUUUUAUUACCUGAACAAGAAGUCAAAACUGGCGAUUUAAAUCCAAUGAUGGAUAUCUUUUCUGCAGGCUGUGCUCUUACAGAAUUAUAUAACGAAGGACAUCCACCAUUCGAUUUUUCUCAACUUUUAGCAUAUAGGAAUAAUGAAUAUUCAGUCACUAGACAUUUAGAUUCUAUACAAAAAGAUGGCAUAAGAGAAUUACUUGCUUCUAUGUUAGAGAGGAACCCUGCUAAUCGAAAAAGUGCAGAAAUUUAUUUAGCACAAGCUCGUGGAACAGUAUUUCCAGAAUAUUUUUAUUCAUUUCUACAAUCGUACAUGCUGAUUUUCUCUGCAGCACCUAUUCUUUCGCCAGAUGAAAAAAUAAACAGAUUAAAAAAAGAUAUUAGAAAUAUCAUUAAUAUAUUUAAAGAGGAAGAAACUCGGACGAAAAAUAGGAAAGUUAAUGAUGAUAAUAAUGGCAAAUGCGAUUUAAACGUAGAAUCUAAAAACAAUGUUGAUCAAGAUGAAGAAGAUAUAGUAGUUGAAGGUAUAGUAGACAGCGAUCAAUGUUAUAAAAAUGAAGUUAAAGAAAUGGAUCAUACGUCCUCAUCAAUAUCUGUUCAAAACUGUGAUAUUUCGAUAGAAGAAAAUUUACAUUUGAAACCAUCUCAAGCAAUAAGGAAUAGUCCAGGGAUAGAUGAAAGUACUACUCGUGCUGAAAUUUUGGAUGGUUUAGUUAUCGUAACACAAUUGGUAACCUCUUGUAUAAGAGGUCUUCAUCAUUCACAAUCUAAAUUACAGAGUUUAGAAAUUCUACUUGAAUUGGCGGAACAUACUUCUGAUGAAACUAUCCAUGACAGAAUCUUACCGUAUAUUUUUUGUUUAGUUCAUGAUCCAGCACCACGUGUAAGGGUAUCCGCUAUUCAUACGUUAACUAAAUGUUUACAUCUUGUGAGAUCGAUUCCAUCUUCUGACGUUAAAAUAUUUCCUGAAUAUAUUCUACCUGGAUUAGCGCAGCUCCCUCAAGAUGAUGCUGUUAUUGUGAGAGCAGCUUAUGCAGAAAAUAUUGCUCAUCUGGCUCAUAUUGCAAUACGAUAUUUGGAAAAUUCUCACUUAUCUAAUUUUGGGAACAAAGAAGGACCAAAGCCUAGCUAUGAUAAUGAGCUACAAACAUUGCACGAAAUGGUGCAACAAUCUGUAUCUACACUUUUAACAGAUUCACAAAACUUGGUAAAGCAGACUUUAAUGGAAAAUGGAAUAAACAAAUUGUGUGUAUUUUUUGGAAAACAAAAAGCAAAUGACAUUUUAUUAAGUCACGUUAUUACUUUCUUAAAUGAUAAAGAAGAUAAAGAACUUAGAGCAUCAUUUUUCAAAUGUAUUGUUGGAGUAGCAGCUUAUAUAGGUUGGCAUAGUAGUCCAAUACUUAUGCCUCUCCUUCAACAAGGUUUAGCAGAUCCUGAAGAAUUCGUUACGACAAAAGCUAUCAAUGCAAUGACAACUCUUACUGAAUUGGGUUUAUUAGAUAAAUCUGCUUUAUACCAACUUUUAUCGGAGACCAUGGUUUUCUUAGUACAUCCAAACUUAUGGAUAAGACAUGCAACUGUAGGAUUUAUAUCAGCAUCAGCAAGAACACUACAUGUAGUUGACGUCCAAUGUAAAGUUCAAACAAUGAUUCAACCGUAUUUAAAACAUUCACUUAUUCAGAUUGAGAAAGAAGUUUUACUGCUAGAAGCUCUCGUAGCACCUAUUCCACGUACAGUUUAUGAUGCGAUAGUUAAAUAUAAUGAUAUAGAGGAAUUAUUUGAAGUUCUUGAAGAGAAACAAUCUGCAAGGGUUAAGGCAACUACUGGAACGGUAUCACAACAAAAAAGCAUGUCAACUGCAUUAAAUAAUCUUUUUAGACGUUUGAACUCAGAAUCGAUGUCGGAAAUGGUUGAGGACCAAUUGCUCAUAAUGAAGCCACAUUUAAUGAAAAUAAAUAAAUACCGUAAUUCAGCUGAUACUAAACAGAACAUAGUUAAACCUGUGGAUGGAAAAUUAGAAUUAAAUACUAUGAAGGAUAAAAUAAGACAUCAUAUUGUAAUACUCUAUCCAGAUACAAAAACUGACUUAGGUCUUCCAUCUUAUAAACGAUUAGAUAGGAGAACGUCUGAUACUACUGGUACUUAUGCAUCAAUGAAUCAAGAAUGGCGUACGAUGUUUGCAGCUCAAGAUAAUACUCAGCAUGCAAUCUUAAAAAUGGCUGAUUUGGCUAUAACUAGUGGAAGUCCUAAUCAAAGUAUACAUGGAGGUGAUAUACAUUUGUCGCCACAGCAUAGUCUGUCUGACAUGAAUAGCAUAAAUGACCACUCUCUUCACGAACGUUCUUAUAUACAAUAUCGAUGUGCACCCUGCAGACUGGAAGUAAGACAAUUAACUUAUAGAAAACAGGAACAACAUGCUGCUGCUUUAAGAGCACAACAUUGGGCCGAUAAUAUUGCAUGGCAAACUGGCUCUAGAUUAUUACCAAGUGGAUGGAGACCUCGGGGUGUUCCUGUUGCUCAUCUUCACGAGCAUAGAGCUGGUGUUAAUAGUUUAGUAUCCAUCCCAGACAGUAGUCUCUUUGCUAGUUCUUCAGCAGAUGGGUGUAUUAAAAUAUGGGAUGCUAGCAGAAUGGAAGGUCGUAAUAUUGCUAAUCGUUCUAGGCAAACAUACAUGAACAGAAAUGGUCCUCUUGUUGGUUUAGCUGUCUGUGAACAAGGACAAUCAAUAGCAAGUUCUGCUAGCCUUUCUGGAACGGUAUUUGUAUUGAGGAUAGAACCUAAUUCCAGUAAAAUGAGUAUUCUACAUUCUCGACAAUUAGAUGUUCAAGACGAAGGAUGUGUAGUCGAUGUACAAUAUUUAGAUUCUGGAUCACAAUCACUUCUUGUAUAUGCUUCGCUAUAUGGAUCUUUAGUUGGUUGGGACUUACGAUGUCCUAAAACAACCUGGCGUUUGGAAAAUGAUUUGAAGAAUGGAAUAAUAACUUCAUUUUGUGUUAAUAGUUAUCAGCAAUGGUUAACUCUUGGUACAAGCUCAGGUGUUCAUAUUUGUUGGGAUUUACGAUUCCUAUUACCAAUUGCAACUAUAAAACAUCCAACAGGAGCAAGAGUUAAAAAGGUAAUAACGCAUCCAACUGAACCUUCAUGGAUAAUAUCAGCCGUACAAGGAAACAAUGAAAUUUCCAUGUGGAAUUUAGAAACUGGUUUUAGACAACUAGUACUUUGGGCAUCAAGUACACCACCGCUUACUCAUAGUCAAAGUGGUUACAGCGUUCAUUCGAUGUAUUCAGGAUGCAUUGAUCGCUCUGGUUUCUUAUUAGCUGGUGGAACUGACAUGCGAUUACGUUUUUGGGACUUAAACACACCCAAUGAUUCUCAUGUUGCAUUACCUGCCGCCAAUGACGUUGUUUCACCAAAUUCAUAUGUAUAUGAACAACGCUUGAUAGACGGUACAAAUGUAGUUCAAGAAGUAUUGGCAGGUGGUUGUUCUAUGCCACCAUCAGGAGGAAGUAGUAGUGUUAGAGGAAGAAAUCCAGAAGAAGGUGGACAAGGACCAGAAACUCCGCCAUCUGGUCACCAUGAUACCAUAUCUGCUGUAUCCAUGUCCAAUACGUGUAUACUCACAGGCAGCAAAGAUGGAUUAAUUCAAGUUUGGAAAUGAUUGUUUUCCUUAUAUCAUUUACUCUAUACGUCAUUUGUUCAAGCUUUUGUAAACUAUUGUUUACUUUGUGCAAGAUAUAUAUAUAUAUAUAUAUAUUCUAAAUUUUAUAUAUCCAUAUUUAUAUACACAUAAAGUAA